ACAUGAGGAAACAUGGCACAGGCCUGUCAGAGACAUGAUAAACCCAACAGACUGAAGGAAGAAGUGAGCUGCAUGCUGGUGGGUGAUGGAGCAGUGGGGAAGACCAGCAUGAUUAUCAGUUACAUCUUCAAUGGAUACAACAGCGAGUACAGGCAAACAGCUUUUGAUGUGUUUACUGGUCUGGUUCAUGUGAAUGGCCUUCAGACACGAAUCAAACUGAUAGAUACUGCUGGGCAGGAGGAAUUUGGCCAUCUUCGCUCUCUGUGCUACGCCCAUGUGGACAUCUUCAUCCUCUGCUUCAGCCUCGUCAACCCUGUGUCCUUUGACAAUAUCACUUCCAAAUGGAUCCCACAGAUCCGCGCUGGUAACCCAACUUCACCCAUUGUGCUGGUGGGAACUCAGUCAGACCUUUGCCACAAUGUGGACAUCCUUAUUCAUCUGAACCAGCGGAGAGCCAAACCAGUGCACUUCAACCAGGCCAGAAGGCUGGCACGCAGGAUCAGAGCUCAUGACUAUGUGGAGUGUUCAGCUCUGACACAACACAACCUCAAAGAUGUGUUUGACCGCGCUAUAUUUGCUGCCAUUAAGCACAAGGACACUGGCACAAAACCCCAAAAGCUCAACUUGAUUAAGCGAUUUAAGACUUUUUGUGAUUGUGGAUUGAAGAAAAUCUUCAAAUUAAUCUGA